AUGGCGAGUAGGGGCGAUCUUCUAGCAGAGUGCGCGCAGCAGCUUCGGUCGUCCAGCUAUGAGUUCGAGGUGCUGCUUGGGGCGUCGGUGACUAGCGUGUGGCAAGCUUUUGGACGACUUGUAGCUCGCCAGCUCAGUCAACGGAAGGGGGUGUCGCUGCAGCAGCUAGGGAAGUUCGGGUUCUACAAGGCGCCGACGUGCAAUAUGGCCGGCGCGCCAGUGUUCCUGCUGGCGGAUCGCUUCGCUUCAACGUACGGCGUCGUAUGGCGCCACCGUUCGUCACCUGCUCCGCUCACUGCGACUGCAGAUGUCCAUAUGGCUGCUCUCGGCAGCGACGCCGGGCUCGGAUCCGAUCAAACACGUCGGACAUUAGACGCCAUCCUCGCGUUCGUCGGUAAGAAGCUUCAGGGCGGGGACUAUGCGGGUAGAUUGACGCUUCAAGGGGUUGGAAGCUUCGCACUCGACGGGAAGGCGCUCUCGUUCACCUUCGACUCGACCUUACUUCGUUCAAUUACGCAGAGUGACCAAGUGGAGAUACCCCCGCCCUCCGCAGUGUUUAGGAAAAGCUCGAGCGGUGCACUAGAUAGUUUCCGAAAGAAAGCGUUGCAGCUAGAGGCAAGCAAAACCCACGGAGAUAGUGACAAGCCCACGAUGCAGCGCUCGCUCUCGGUCGAUAGCGCUCUCCAAGUGGUGCCCAGUGACAACAACUGUAACCCCGAGUCGGUGCCUCUUAACGGGCGGCAAAUACUACCGCGGUUCUUGAUCCCUGAGCCGCGUGUCCCUCACCAAGUCCUCAAAGCUCGCCCGGACCACGAAGAAGUCAUGCAGGCAGCGUUCCAGCGCGAGGUGGCCAACAUCGAGCAGGCGAAGCGCGUGGACGACCAGUUCAACGACAUGAUGGCGACUCGGCAGCGCGUGGUGCAGAUCCGCGACCUGCAGAAGCGAGCCGAGCAGUCCGUCGCCCGACGAGAGCUCAACGCCUUACUGAACAACCAGAUCGAGGAGAAGCGGAGUAGGUCGCGCCAGAAAUCCGCAAGUGGCCGCGACGACUACCGAGACAUCAAAAUCCUGCCACUGGAGCGCGAGAUGAGCGACGAGAUGAAACGCGCCGAGAAGCAGAAGCUCAACCAGAGACUGAACGAGCAGGUGGCAGCUAAGGACGCGCUCAAGAGAGACCGACGCGCGCUGGACCAGGUCGAGUCGGCGUACUUCAUCUCCAAACUCAAGCUCCAGGACGACGUCGACCGCCACGAGCUGGCGGAGCGGAAGCGCGUCGAGAAGGAGGCUCUACUCGCCGGCUGGAGUCGGCAGAAAGCCAUCCGCGCGCAGAAGAAGACGCUGCACGUCCACAUCCGCUGA